CUUGAGAGGAAAGAUUCGCUCAGAAGUUAGAGGUUGACCAGGUAAUUCUUACAGUUUAUUGGAGGAAUUAUUCUAGACGCAUACUAUCCCUCUGCAUUUGUUGUCCCUCCGUGCUGGUGAAUCCAUAAGUUUGGCUUUGCGAAAGCCGUCGCAACCAUGACAAGCAUCGACGAGCUUUUCAAGAAACCUUUGUCGGCAGCGAGUGCUAAACGCAAGUUAGAUAUCACGAAAGAUCCGAACGAGCUCUACAAGGCGGCGAAGCUAGAAGCCAACGGAGAUGUCAAAUCGAAAGGAAAAGCGCCUGUAGUGGAGGAUGAGGCGGAGGACGAUGGCUAUGCGGGCCCGGAGCUGCCUCCUGACUUCGAAUCCGAGGAUAUCCCGGAUGAUGAUGAAGGACGCUUCUUUGGCGGAGGAAUGGAACGCCAAACAGCGCAGGCCAUGAACUACAUUGAUGAGCAGGAUCAAGGAGAGGUCGUGAACGAGAAAUUCGACGUUACCUGGUUGCGACGGUUUGCCCUAAACUUCGAGAAGAAGAUCUCAAAGAACGCGGAACUGCGAGGGAAAUUUGAAAAUGAUCCUCAGAAAUUCAUGGCCUCUGAAGCCGAUUUAGAUACUGAGAUCAAAAGCCUCUCGAUUCUCUCAGAGCAUCCGGAACUAUACAAUGAAUUUGCCAACUUGGGCUGCGUGGGCUCUCUGAUAUCCCUACUGUCGCAUGAAAAUGCUGACAUCGCAAUUGACGCUAUUCAAAUCAUCAGUGAGCUGACAGACGAGGAUGUGGAAGCAGAACAAGAACAAUGGGACACCUUGGUGAACGCAAUGUUGGAUGCGGAUCUCAUCGAACUCCUUGCUCAAAACCUAGCGCGCUUAGAUGAAGGAUCCGAAGCCGAUCGAGCAGGAAUUUACUAUGUACUAGGCGUUCUUGAAAACCUGGCUUCCCAAGCUUCUAUCGCAGAAAAAAUCGGACAGGACUCUCACACAAUGCCUUGGUUGCUUUCACGUAUACAGAAGAAAGAACGACCAGUGAGCCAGAAUCAGCAAUACUCUGCCGAAAUUCUUGCUAUUCUUCUACAGUCAAGCCCCAAGAACCGGGAACGAUGUAUCAGUCUCGACGGAGUAGAGGCUCUGCUUCAGCUACUAAGUCAAUACCGGAAGCGUGACCCGGAGAAGGACUCGGAUGAGGAAGAAUACGCAGAAAAUUUGUUUGACUCUUUAACUUGUCUCGUAGACGAGGCUUCUGGGAAAGAAAAGUUUAUUGAGGGAGAAGGUAUGGAACUUGCACAGAUUAUGUUGAAGGAGGGUAAAUUCAGCAAAACGCGCGCUCUAAGAAUUCUGGAUCAUGCAAUGGGUGGCAGUGGAGGCGGUGCUGCAUGCGAACGACUAGUUGAGGCAGCAGGCUUGCGAACUGUUUUCGGCAUGUUCAUGCGAAAGCAAGAGAGCCAGAUAAUUGAGCAUUUGUUGGGCAUAUUUGGGUCUUUGCUGCGACUUCUGCCGGGGGGGUCAGCCCCAAGAAUCCGCACCCUAGCCAAAUUUAUGGAGAAGGAUUACGAGAAAAUCGAGAAACUAAUCAAGCUGAGGAGGGAUUACGCCUCACGAGUAUCGCCAGUGGAACAGGCGAUUGCGAAAGAGCGAAAGAGUCUUACAAAAGAGGAGCAAGAAGUCAUGGCAGGCGAGUGGCUCUCACGAAGAUUCGAUGCCGGGCUGUUCUCUUUACAGCUUAUCGAUGUUAUCCUGGCCUGGCUUGUUGCCGAAGAUGACGGAGCAAAAAGCAAGAUAGUGUCGCUCCUGUCGGAUCGCGAUGAAGACUUAUCCCUCCUUCGAAGCACUCUACAGGAGCAAAUCGAGGGUCUUUCGGAAGAUGAACCUGGGCAGAAAGACCACAAGGAGAUGUUGGAGACUCUUCUCCAGUUCCUGUAAAGUAGAUAGCGCCAUGGCCAAGCCGUGCCUAGAUAUCUGCAAGGGAAUGAAUGUAUCAUUACUCCAAACGCG